AUGGCCAUGAUGCCGGGUAUGAUGCCUGGCAUGAUGCCAGGUGGAAUGCCGAUGAACUCAAUGCCUCAAGUCAUGCCACCUCAACCGGUGGCACAACAGAUGCCUCCACCGCCACCACCACCACCGCCUCCGCCGCAGCCGCCCUUGCCACCACCCGAGCCUCCGGCAGCGCUGCCAGCACUACCGAAGAUUCCAGAGCUCAACCCAGAGGAUCUGCCGAGCCUGGGCCCGCCACCUCCAGCCACCUUGCCGCCGACGGCGGCACCCAUGCCACAGCUCAACCUGCCGCCCAUGGGCGGGAGUGCCAUGGGCGGUGCCAUGAACGCCAUGGGCGGCGGCAUGGGCGGAAUGAUGGGUGGCAUGGGCGGUAUGGGCGGCAUGGGCGGCGGCAUGACGCCGUUUGGCCAGGCUGGAGGAGCAGGUGGAGCGAUGUCCGGCGGCAUGCUGGGCGGCUUUGGCUCGGGCAUGCUCGACGGUUUGACUGGCCAGAAUGAGGCCCACUUCUACCAGUAUGUGCCCGGCUAUGGCUACUACCGAACGAAGGGGAUCUUGGGCAACAGCAAGACGAUGGGCAUUAUCACCACGGGUAGGCAAACCACCAAGAGCUGUGGUUGCUUACAAUCCUGGUCACACAAUUAUCAGACGUGCAAUAGCUAUUGCUGCAAUCCGGACAACGAUGCGGGCGGACCCUGGUGCUUUGUACAGGACAAGGCUUGCCAAGGAGACACCUGGGGCACCUGCAUGCCAAUCCCUGGAGCAGCGGCAAAUCCGUUUGCCCUGGGAGCGCAAGGAUAUGGCUUCGCUCCAGCCCCGGCACCUGCACCUGCGCCGGCGCAGCAGCAGGCUCUCGCGCAAGUGGGCAGCUCCGACAAGGUUGGUGUGGCGCAGAACGAGACUGACCCGGUGAUGGAGGAGUUGGUGAACACCAUGGCUGAUGCUUCCGAGGCACCCGAGCACUGCUGA